GGGGGCGGUGCGUCUCGCCGUCUCCCUCCGCGCGGGGCGGCCGCAGGCGCCAUCGGCGGAUGGCAGAUCCUUCCGCCUUGCCUCGCGUCGUGCCAGUGGCGGCGGCGGGAGCGGCCGUGGCCAUGGCCCGCGGAGCGGGGCCAGCGCUCGCCGCAGUCCUCGGUCUGGUGCUGACCGUGCUCAGCCGCGCCGAGCCCGCGGCCGCUUUGCAGUGUAUGGAUGAGUCCAAGCCAUGUGUUAACGAGGGGAAGUGCAUUCCGUAUCAGAAUGGUACAGGCUAUUGCAAGUGUCGAGAAGGCUUUCUUGGAGACUACUGUCAGUACCGAAACCCCUGUGAAAGCAGCACCUGUAAGAACGGGGGAACGUGCGAGAUGGCGCCCCUGAUCGGGAAGCCCACCUGCAAGUGUGCUCCGGGCUUCACGGGAGAGGAGUGCCAGUACUCGGAGUCACACCUCUGCUACGUGUCCCAGCCGUGCCUGAACAGGGGCACUUGUUAUCCCCACAGCCAGGACACCUACGAGUGCGUCUGUCCUCCGGGUUACACAGGAAAGGAUUGCCAGUGGAUCGAUGCCUGUACAUCUCAGCCUUGUGCCAAUGGCAGCACAUGUACUGUAUCUGGAAACAAGUUCUCCUGCAUCUGCCUGCCUGGCUACACGGGGCAGAAGUGUGAGAUAGAUGUGAAUGAAUGUGCCACAGGAGGGCUUUGCCAGCACGGUGGCACCUGCGUUAAUCUGCCCGGCUCCUACCGCUGCCAGUGCAAGCCAGGCUACACAGGGCAGCGCUGUGAGAGCGUCUAUGUGCCCUGCUCCCCCUCACCCUGCAUGAAUGGAGGCACUUGUCACCAAACCAGUGACUUCAGCUUCGAGUGCAACUGCCUGCCAGGUUUCGAGGGAACCAUCUGUGGGCACAACGUGGACGACUGCCCGAACCACAACUGCCAGAACGGGGGCGUGUGCGUGGACGGCGUCAACACCUACAACUGCCGCUGCCCGCCCCAGUGGACAGGCCAGUUCUGCACCGAGGAUGUUGAUGAAUGUCAGCUCCAGCCCAAUGCUUGUCAAAAUGGAGGUACCUGCACCAACCACAACGGGGGCUAUGCCUGUGUGUGUGUCAAUGGCUGGAGUGGGGACGACUGCAGCAAGAACAUUGACGACUGCUUCACUGCCUCCUGUGCCAAUGGGUCUACCUGCAUCGAUCGAGUGGCCUCUUUCUCCUGCAUUUGCCCAGAAGGAAAAGCAGGUCUCCUGUGCCACUUGGAUGAUGCCUGUGUGAGCAAUCCCUGCCAGAAGGGUGCUCUGUGUGACACCAAUCCCGUGAAUGGGCACUACAUCUGCACCUGUCCUCAAGGCCAUAAGGGAGCAGACUGCACUGAGGACGUGGAUGAGUGUGCCAUGGCAAACAGCAAUCCAUGUGAGCAUGCUGGGAAAUGUGUGAACACAGAAGGCUCUUUCCACUGUGAGUGUCUGAAGGGCUACACAGGACCUCGCUGUGAGAUGGACAUCAACGAGUGCCACUCGAACCCGUGCCAGAACGAUGCCACCUGUCUGGAUAAAAUUGGAGGAUUCACAUGUCUCUGCAUGCCAGGUUUUAAGGGUGUUCACUGUGAGGAAGACAUCGAUGAGUGCCUGAGCAACCCCUGUGUGAACAAUGGAGAGUGUCUUGAUAAAGUCAAUCGCUUCCUCUGUGUUUGUCCUCCUGGAUUCAGUGGUGCUGUGUGUCAGAUUGAUAUAGAUGACUGCUCCAGCACGCCGUGUCUCAAUGGAGCCAAGUGUAUCGACCAUCCCAAUGGCUAUGAGUGCCAGUGUGCCACAGGUUUUACUGGCCCUCUGUGUGAGGAGAACAUCAACAACUGCGACCCUGAUCCUUGCCACCACGGGGACUGUCAAGAUGGGAUUGAUUCCUACACGUGCAUAUGCAACCCUGGCUACAUGGGUGCCAUCUGCAGCGAGCAGAUAGAUGAAUGCCACAGCAAUCCUUGCCUCCACCAAGGGCGCUGCAUUGAUUUGGUGAAUGGCUACCAGUGCAACUGCUUGCUGGGCACUUCAGGAGUAAACUGUGAAAAUAACUUUGAUGACUGUGCAAGUAACCCAUGCAUCCACGGGGACUGCAUCGACGGCAUCAACCGCUACAACUGUGCCUGCAAGCCCGGAUUCACAGGCCCACGGUGUAACGUGGACAUCGAUGAGUGCACGUCCAGCCCCUGCCACAACGGAGGAACCUGCAUCAAUGAAGUCAAUGGCUUCCGGUGUGUGUGCCCUGAAGGUUACCAUCACCCUCACUGCCAGGCACAGGCAGAUGGCUGCCUCAGCAACCCCUGUGUGCAUGGCAACUGCACACACAUUGCCACUGGGUACAAGUGUGUCUGUGACCCAGGCUGGAUAGGAGAUUACUGCUCAGCAGAGAGGAAUGAAUGUAAGUCCAACCCGUGCCAGAACGGAGGAAGCUGUGAGGAUCUGUUGAAUGGAUACAGAUGCACCUGUAGGAAAGGAUUCAAAGGUGUGAACUGCCAGGUGGUGGUUGCUCCUUGCUCCCCAGAUCCUUGUGAGAACUCAGGAAUUUGCCAAGAAUCUCCUGACUCAGAAGGCUACACCUGCCAGUGUGCCCCAGGCUGGGAAGGGGAGAGAUGCACUGUGGAUAUUGAUGAAUGUCUCUCCAAGCCCUGCAAAAAUCAUGCUCUGUGCCAUAAUAUUCAAGGCAGUUACCUGUGUGAAUGUCAGCCAGGCUUCACUGGAGGAGACUGUGACACUAACAUUGAUGACUGCCUCUCAAAUCCCUGCCAGAACGGAGCUUCCUGUGUGGAUGGGAUAAACUCCUUCUCAUGCAUCUGCCUGCCUGGAUUUCAUGGGGACAAAUGUCAGACAGAUACCAAUGAAUGCCUGAGCGAGCCGUGCAGGAAUGGGGGCACCUGCACCCACUACGUCAACAGCUACACCUGCAAGUGUCAGCCUGGCUUCGAGGGGACCAACUGUGAGAACAACAUCGAUGAGUGCACUGAGAGCUCCUGUUUCAAUGGAGGUACUUGUGUGGAUGGGAUCAAUUCCUUCACCUGCCAGUGUCCAGUGGGCUUUACUGGACCCUUCUGCCUGACAGAAAUUAAUGAGUGUGACUCCCGGCCUUGCCUGAACAAAGGCUCCUGCGUGGACAGCCUGGGCACGUACCGCUGUGUGUGUCCCCUGGGUUACACUGGGAAGAACUGCCAGACUCUGAUGGAUCUAUGCAGCAAGUCUCCUUGCAAGAAUAAAGGCACAUGUGACCAGAAGGGAGCCCAGACUCGCUGUAUCUGUCCAUCUGGCUGGACUGGUGCUUACUGUGAUGUGCCCAAUGUCUCCUGUCAAGUGGCAGCUUCACAAAGGGGUGUCGCAGUGGACCAGUUGUGCCAGCACUCUGGUCAUUGCCUCAACGUUGGAAACACACACCACUGUCAGUGCCAGGUGGGUUACACUGGCAGUUACUGUGAGGUGCAGCUGAAUGAGUGUGACUCCAGCCCCUGCCAGAACGGUGCCACCUGCCGGGAUCACCUGGGAGGAUACCAGUGUGAGUGUGUGCCUGGGUACCAAGGUGUCAACUGUGAAUAUGAAGUGAAUGAGUGCCAGUUUCAGCCCUGCCAGAACGGAGGAACGUGUAUAGACCUCGUCAGCCAUUUCAAGUGCUCCUGUCCACCAGGAACUCGGGGCCGCCUGUGCGAGGAGAACGUAGACGACUGCGCGCCGGAGCCGGGGGCGCCGCGCUGCUUCAACGGGGGGCAGUGCCUGGACCAGAUCGGGGGCUACAGCUGCCUGUGCCUGCCCGGCUUCGCCGGCGAGCGCUGCGAGGGAGACAUCAACGAGUGCCUCUCCAACCCCUGCAACCCCCGAGGCAGCCUGGACUGCGUCCAGCUGAUCAAUGACUACAUCUGCGUCUGCCGCAGUGCUUUCACCGGCCGUCACUGUGAGAGCGUCAUCGACGUGUGUCCGCGGAAGCCCUGCCAGAACGGAGGCAGCUGCGCCGUGGCCAGCAACAUGCCCGAGGGCUUCAUCUGCCAGUGUCCCCCGGGCUAUUCUGGAGCAAAAUGUGAGUUCAGCAGCCACAGCACUUGUGGGCAAGUGAAAUGCAAGAAAGGGGAGCAGUGCAUCCAGACAUCUUCUGGUCCACGGUGCUAUUGCCCCAAGCUGUCUGUGGGAGAGGAAUGCCAGACAAACACGGCUUGUGCCAGUGCCCCCUGCCAGAACGGGGGAAGCUGCCACCCUCAUUCUCAGCCUCCUUACUAUUACUGUCAGUGCCCCAUUCACACCCAAGGCAGCCAGUGCGAGCAGCCUGUAACGUUCAGCCCGGAGCCCCGAGGCUGUUUGGAUUCCCACUGUGCAGAGAAGGCGAAAGAUGGCUAUUGUGAUGAGGACUGCAACACUCAUGCCUGCCAGUGGGAUGGAGGUGACUGCUCCCUGACAAUGGAAGAUCCUUGGGCCAACUGCUCCUCCUCGCUGCGCUGCUGGAUGCUUUUCAAUGGGCAGUGCGAUGAGUUCUGCAACACCCCCGAGUGCCUGUUCGACAACUUUGAGUGUCAGCAAAGCAGCAGAACGUGCAAGUAUGACAAGUACUGUGCAGAUCACUACGCAGACGGCCGCUGCGACCAGGGCUGCAACAGUGAGGAGUGCGGCUGGGACGGCCUGGACUGUGCCGGCGACAAAGCUGAGAAGCUGGCGGAGGGCACCCUGAUCAUCGUGGUCCUGAUGCCCCCUGACGAGCUGCUGGAGGACGUCCGCAGCUUCCUGCGCACCUUGGGAACUCUCCUGCACACCAACCUGAGGAUCAAGCUGGACUCCCAGGGAAACCCCAUGGUGUUCCCAUACUACGGGGAGAAGUCGGCGGCGCGGAGCCGGCGGUCGCUGGUGCUGGUUCGCAAGCACAGGGAGCUGGAGCAGGAGGUCAUUGGCACCAGGGUGUUCCUGGAGAUUGACAACCGUCAGUGUGCAGAGGAUUCGGAGCAAUGCUUUCACAACACAGAAGCUGCUGCAGCUCUCCUAGCUGCUCAGGCCAUCAAGGGCAUGUUGCCCUAUCCUUUUGUGUCUGUCCAGAGUGAACCCCUGCUGCCACCAAAGACCCAGCUGCUCUACCUCCUUGCUGUGGCAGCUUUGAUCAUCCUCUUGAUCCUCCUGCUGGGCGUGAUGAUGGCAAAGCGUAAGCGCAAGCACGGCUCGCUCUGGCUCCCCGAGGGCUUCAUCCUGCGCAGGGACCCCAGCAACCACAAGCGCAGAGAGCCGGUCGGGGAGGACGCCGUUGGCCUCAAAAAUCUGUCUGUCCAGAUACCAGAGGGUAACCUGGCAGAUUCUGGACCAACUGAACACUGGGCAGGUGAUGGUGGACCUCAGCCAAAGAGAGCAAAGGCUGAGGACCAGGCCUUGCUCCCAGAAGGCGACGAGCAGAUAGAUCAGCGCCAGUGGACGCAGCAGCACCUGGAGGCAGCCGACGUCUGUGGGAGCACAUCACUGGCCCUUACACCACCUCAAGCAGAUCAAGAAGUGGAUGUUCUGGAUGUCAAUGUCAGAGGGCCAGACGGCUGCACUCCGCUGAUGUUGGCAUCCCUGCGCGUGGGCGGCUCCGAUAUCAGCGAGGACGACGAGGACGCGGAGGAUUCCUCGGCAAACAUCAUAACAGAUCUGAUCUACCAAGGUGCCAACCUGCAGGCCCAAACGGACCGCACCGGGGAGAUGGCACUGCACUUGGCAGCCCGCUACUCGAGAGCAGACGCCGCCAAGCGCCUGCUGGACGCCGGCGCCGAUGCCAACGCGCGGGACAACAUGGGGCGCACCCCGCUGCACGCCGCCGUGGCUGCUGACGCCCAGGGCGUCUUCCAGAUCCUGAUCCGCAACAGGGUGACAGACCUGGACGCUCGGAUGAACGACGGCACGACGCCGCUGAUCCUGGCCGCGCGCCUGGCGGUGGAGGGCAUGGUGGCCGAGCUCAUCAACUGCCAGGCAGAUGUGAACGCUGUGGAUGACCACGGUAAAUCUGCUCUUCACUGGGCUGCUGCUGUCAACAACGUGGAAGCAACAUUAGUGCUGCUGAAAAACGGAGCCAACAGAGACAUGCAGGAUAACAAGGAGGAGACCCCCCUGUUCCUGGCUGCUCGGGAAGGCAGCUUCGAAGCAGCGAAAAUCUUGCUGGACCAUUUUGCCAACCGAGACAUCACAGACCACAUGGACCGCCUGCCCCGGGACGUGGCCCAGGACCGCAUGCACCACGACAUAGUGCAGCUGCUCAACGAGUACAACGUGGCGCACAGCCCCGCCGGGCACCCCGGCGCCAUGCUCAACUCUGCCCUCUCCCCAGUCAUCUGCGGCCCCAACAGGUCCUUCCUCAACCUGAAGCACGCGUCCCUGAGCAAGAAGUCACGGAAGCCCAACGCCAAAGGCAUCGUGCCCACGAACCUCACCAAAGACGCCAAGAGGAGGAGGAAGAAGUCCCUGAGUGAGAGCAAAGGGCAGUUCUCGGAGAGCUCCGUGACCCUGUCCCCGGUGGACUCCCUGGAGUCGCCCCACGCCUUCGCGUCCGAGCCCACCUCCUCCCCGGUGAUGCCGUCGCCGGGGGUGCUGCACUCGUCGCCCGGCUCGCUGCUGAGCGCGGCGCCGGCACCGGCCGCGCACGCCCUGUCCUUCCCCAACCUGCACGAGAUGCAGCCCCUGGGGCGCGGGGCCGGCGCGGUGCUGCCCUCGGUCAGCCAGCUGCUGUCGCAGCACAGAACCACCCCUCCCGGCGGCGGGCUGGGCAGGCUGCGGCCGGCCAACGUGGCGGCCGAGUGGAUGAACCGCGUGGAGGUGGGAGAGGCCCAGUACAGCGAGAUGUUCGGCGUGGUGCCGCAGGUGGUGCACCCCCACCCCAGCCUGCCCCAGCAGAGCGGCCUGCUGCAGGCGGAUGCCAAGCACAUGGCGGUGUCCCGGGAGUCUCUGCCCCCCAUCAUGACUUUCCAGCUGGUUCCCAAGGGCGGCAUAAGCCAGCAAGCGCUGCCGCAGCAGGCCCAGCCCAACUGCGCUCAGAACGUGGCCGGGCCCCUUAGCUCCAUGUACCAGAUCCCGGAUAUAGCUCAGCUGCCCAGCGCCUCCUUCUCCGUGGCUGCCAUCCCUCAGCAGGACGGGCAGGUGGCUCAGACGGUGCUGCCGGCCUACCACCAGUUCCAGAGCUCGAUGGGCAAGUACCCCACGCCGCCCUCGCAGCACAGCUGCUACUCCUCGGCCACGGAACGGACUCCUAGCCACAACCGGCACUUACAGGGGGAGCACCCGUACCUGACUCCGUCGCCCGAGUCGCCGGACCAGUGGUCAAGCUCUUCCCCACACUCUGCCUCCGACUGGUCUGACGUGGCCACCAGCCCCGGCAACAACCAGCGCGGGCCGGCGGCCCCCCACAUGCCGGAGCAGCAGCGGAGCAACAUGCAGGUGUACGCCUGAGGGCUGGCCGAGGGGAAGCUCGGCUAAAACGGACUCCAGAACUCAUGAAGGUCUUCCAGGACGGAAAUGAAGAACCAAUUUAGUAGCCAAGAGUCUUAAUGAGCCCAGGCUGCUCUUUCCUCGGAGGGACUGUGGUCGCUGUGGGCUUCUCUGCCUUUCUGCUAAACAGAACUGUAGAAGCUGGUGAUGGAAAAGACCACCUGGGUCACUUCUAACCACCUGCCACGCACCUUGGGGGUGACUGCUGUCUGCACUGGACUCUCCAGUCUGCCUGUACACAUCUUCCACCGCUUCUCUGGAGACAGCUCUUCAGCUUAGUGCAUUCACGGUCCUUGCUCCAGAAACUUAGCCAAAACCAGCUUUGUAUCCUUACUUUGUUACUCCUUUUGUUACUCACCUAACCUCUCUCUGAAGCACCUUCUACUAGUUCUCCUUGAGUUCAAGUUGCCUUGACACAGCUCAGAGCUGCACCCCCGUUCCCAGACUGCUGCUCCCUGUGGCCACUCUUGCUCAGCAAGCCAGCCAGACUCCCCCAGACACCUGCAGGUCGAGUGACACCUCCUGUCACGCAGCUGCAUCCUCUCCUCUUCCAGAGCCCUUGUACAAACCCACUAACACCCCUUAGCCUUCUCACUGCCUGCUCCCCAGGUAUUAGGAGAUGAUAUAUGCAUAUAAUCUACUCUUAGGUCUUUUUUCCCACACCCCCUCUCCCAAAACCCCCUGGUCUGACCUUGUCCUCCCCAGGUGGCCUGUGGGCACAUCUCUCCCAUGUUACCACGCUGUAUGUCUUCCCUGAGACACACCUGACCCUUCUGACACACUACCCUCCCCGUGCCCCUGUCCUCUGCCAGGUGUGCCCAUGGACUGCCUUCACAGGCUCUGCUGAUGGAAGAGACACAAGCCUCUUGGGAAGCUGUUGGGAUGAGCCUCAGUGUUUCAAGCCCUGCUAAUCCAAGGUCCCAGCGUUCUUGCACAGUACUCCCCUCCCCUCCAUCCAAGGGUGGCUGUGUCCAGUCCUCCAGAUACCAUAUGCUGCCUCUUUACCUUCUUAUCAAACAGUGUGGAGGAUGUUGUUACAUGUUUGCAGUGUGUGUCCUCCUGGGACAGGAAUGGUGUCCAGCCCUGUGAAAAGUGCCUUUUGCUUCAGCCCUGGGGAAGGGCUGCCUUGGCCUCCCCUCCCAGCAGGGAUGGCCGCAGCACUGGCUCCUGAGCAGGCUUCCGGCAGCGGCGUGCCUGAAGCCAGGAGCUGGACUUGAGCAGCAGAGCAGAUAUCUCAGCUACUGUCUCUGAUAUCUCAGAAACUGUUGCCUGAUGCAGUUUGGUGAAGAGGCUUGGGGCUGUCCUGUGCGCUCAGCUUCAGCCCAUCUCAAGGUCUGCCAGCUGAGGUGCCCCACAUGCCCUGUGGGACAGCAGUGCCCUUGGUGCUGCGGCUCCC